AUGGUCUCUGCAGCAGUGCCGAGAUCUAGUCAUGGCCUGAAUGAGCCGGUCGAGAUCCUAGCGACUAAUGGCUUGCCAAUCGCGACUGUCCAGCCCUUGCCGAGGCAGACCCAUCCAGCAGGCGGAUUCACGUCGAGCUUGUCUGUCAAUCUGCCCUCGAGCAGUCCUGUAGCGAGCACGAGCAGAGCGCACUACGAUGACAUUCAACGGACGAGUGAGCACAGAGCCAUCUCCCGCCUGCAGAGCUCGCUCGACCUCAUCCUCGAGCUGAGCAGCGCUCCUACCAGUCGAAGUCGACUGAAGCAGUCUGCGGAUCUGAUCAGCCCUCAAGACUAUGCGGACAUCCUACUCGAGCGACACGCCAACGAGCUAUGUGCAUAUCCGACUUGCCACCACGCGCCCUCGCUGCCGUUCGAUCCGGACGAUAAGCCCGUCUACCGCAUCUCAUCACGCAAGCACAAGGUCAACGAUGUCCGAGAGACAGGCAAGUACUGCUCGCCCACCUGCAGAGAAGCCUCGCAAUUCUUUGAGCUCUACACCUUGCGCGCCAAUUCGCUCAAGACGCGCGACACCAUCACCACGCUCGCUCAGGGAAUCGUCAGAGCACCAGAUGAGCCGGUACGACUGCUCGAUGAGAUGCAGCCGAGUUCGGCUCCGCAGCGAGAGCCAGAGCCACCGAAGCUCUUGCCAAACGAAAAGGCCGUGCGCGACUUGCUCGCCACGCUCAAGAUCCUCGAACAUCCUACCCCGCAUGUGCCGCCUGAGCCACCGGCGCCAGGCAACCUUGCAGAUGCCCCUGAGCUCAUCGCACGAGCACGGGCUGCCAAGGCUACAAAAGCGUCAACAAGCAAGCCUGGCGACGCUAUUCUCGGCAUGCCCCUCGACGAAGACGAAGAGCUCGACGAGGAGACUGCAGCCAUCAUGAAGACCGGCAUGGAGCUCUUCAGACAGUAUAGAGCGGGCACAUUAUAA